GACGACACUCUCUCCGCAGCCCGUUCACGCCCAUCCCGCUCUGGCACGCGCGAUGCCGGUAUAUAAGAAGCCGCCCCCUACGUUGUAUCCCCAAUAGGCGUACCCCAAGUUCUCCCCACAAGCACUCUUCAGUUCCUCUUUUAACUUGCACAUCAUGCAGUUUCUGAAGAUUGCGGCCAUGGCCGUGCUGGCCCUCGUCGGCCAAAGCGAAGCGAAAUCCACCUUCAGUCCCGCAAGACCCCCGGCAGCGCCUCUAGCUGUCCGUUCCCCAUACUUGAACGUCUGGCUUAAUGGCCGAACCGACGGUGGCGAUAGCGGCUAUCUAGCUGGCCAGUGGCCACGCUUCUGGACGCAAAACGUCAACGGCUGGCAAGGUAUUGUCAAGGUCGAUGGAAAGGCCUAUUCUUGGAUGGGUGGCCAGCCCGGCCUUGACUAUGUCGACCAGGUCUCGUUGUCCUACACUUCUACAAACACAGAGUUCGUCAUGAACGUCGCCGGCAAGGUGCAGAUGCGCAUUCGCUUCUUGUCCCCGGUCUUCGCAACCGACCUGCAGAGACAGUCAAUCCCAUUCUCGUACAUGGACGUUUCAGUCAAGCCUUUGGACGGCCGCUCGCAUACCGUCCAGGUUUAUUCUGACGUCUCUGCCGAGUGGGCCUCUGGUGACAACGGCGCUAUCAUCCAGUGGGAAUCUGCAAGCAAUGACGGCAUCCGCUCGCACAAGUUCUGGCGCCGCGACCAAGUCAAGUUUGAUGAAUUCAACGACCAAGCCUCUUGGGGCAACUGGUAUUGGUCGACUGCUGAUGUCCGAGGACUCACCUACCAGAUCGGUGCCGAUGUUGACGUUCGCAACCAGUUUGUCAACAACGGUAUGCUCACCAACAACAUCGACACACAGUUCCGUGCUGUUAGCGACAGAUGGCCCGUAUUCGCCUACUCUCGCGACCUCGGACGAAUCAACGGCGAAACCAGUACCCUCUUCACCAUCGGUAUUGCUCAAGAAGACGCCAUUCUCUUCUCUGGUAUCCAGAAGAACGUUGCCGAGCCCUCGCUCUGGAAGUCGUACUUUUCCAACGAAAGUGAUUUGGUCAAGUUUUUCUUCAAGGACUACAGCUACGCCACUCAGGCAUCCAACAAGCUUGACCAGCGCAUUGCUGAUGACUCGAUUGCCAAGGGCGGAAAGGACUACCUCACCAUCACCAGCUUGGCUCUGCGUCAGUCAUUCGGUGGCCUUGGAUAUGCCGGUACUAAGGACGACGUCAAGGUAUUCCUCAAGGAGAUCAGCUCUGACAGUGAUAUCCAGACUGUCGACGUGAUCUUCCCUGCGUUCCCCGUUAUGCUCUACUUGAACCCCAACAUCAUCAAAUGGACCCUUGAGCCGCUUCUACAAUAUCAGAAGAGCGGACGUUACCCCAACAAGUGGGCUGUUCACGAUCUUGGACGCUACCCUCGCGCCCUUGGCUACGAUGAUGGCAACGAUGAACCCAUGCCUCUUGAGGAAUGCGGAAACAUGAUCAUCAUGAUGCUUGCAUAUGCCCAGCGUACCGGAGACAACCAGUUCCUGUCGGACAACUGGAAGCUAAUGGACCAGUGGGCUGGUUACCUCAUUGAUGACGCCAAGAUUCCUGCUCACCAGCUGUCAACCGAUGACUUUGCUGGCCGUCUUGCUAACCAGACCAACCUGGCUAUUAAGGGUAUUAUCGCAUUGGAGGCUAUGUCCGAAAUUGCCAAGAGAUCUGGCAACAAGGAUAGCAUUGACAAGUACUCCAAGGUCGCCCAUGACUACUUGGACUUUUGGUCUACUCAUGGUAUCAACCACAACGCCAACCCUCCCCACACCACUCUCCAGUAUGAUGCCCCCGAUACCUAUGGUCUUCUCUACAACGUCUACGGUGACAAGGUUCUUGGCCUUGAUUUUAUCCCUCAGGAGGUUUACGACAUGCAGAGCAAAUGGUACCCUCAUGUCAAGAACCAGUACGGCAUGGUGCUCGACACCCGCGGCACUCUGACCAAGACUGAUUGGGAAAUGUUUGUUGCGGCCGUCUCUAGCAAGGAGGUCCGCGAUGAAUUCAUCUCGCUCGUUGCCAAAUGGAUUAACGAGACCAAGACAUGGCGUGCAUUCACCGAUUUGUAUGACACUGUCGAUGGCGGUUACCCUCGCGGCAUCGAAUUUGUAUCGCGCCCUGUCGUCGGCGGCGUGUUCGCCCUGCUUGCUCUCCCGUAAAGAGUAGUAACGCAGACAUACCAGUCGGAGGGGUUGAGCGAAGAAAGUCGGCAACGGUGAAAGCUGUAUUUGGAACUGUCCCUAUACAGGCAAUGGUGCGCUGUGGCACCUAGCCUUGCGACGAUAUGACCAGAAGGGGUAAUAGUAGGAGCGCAUCACCUACAUAGCCUGCGUACAGUGUGGGAGUUACGGUAGCAUCAGGCCUGGCUCUAUUGCGCGAUCGAGAAAGUCAAACGAGCAAUUCGAUGCGGCUUUUUUCUCAUUCGUUCUUACACAUCAUAGACUCCCGCUGUGGAGGUGUCUGUUCAUUUUUUUUCUUUCGGCGUUUUGGGUAUGUCUUGGCCGUGCCAUUAGACACCUACGUACAUAUACGCAUAUACAUGCAAAAUUUACAGAGAAGCGGUAUCGCCUUAUACAUAGCCAAUAUAUACUGUUUACUGCAAGUGGAGAAGAUGCACUCUAUAGAUGACGCACAACAUCAACAUGGAGAGCUCAUUACCUGUCAACCAGCAGAAAAAUGUCGCAUACUUUGAUAGUUCUCAUCGUUUAACGCAACACUGUUGCACAGACACUCCACUGUGGCACAGCAUAAACUCUACCCUUUCCCCAGGUUCCCAUCGAGGUGUAAGACUCUCCACCGCCACUAACGGGAUCUGGGCGUCCGCGUGCUCAGCAGAGGCUCUCGUAGUGAUAUGUGAGGGAAAUAUGUGGCAUCAGCUAGUGCUGCAGGGUGCUACUUGUACAUGUACUAACAUUAAUCGAUUUCGUAGAAGACAGCAAAAGUCACAAAUAUCAUUAGAUUCAAUCGGCCGUUUAGAAUACUGGCAUUCAGUCGUACAACGCAUCGGGUGUCUGCACACGCAAGCAAAUAUGAAAGAGCCAAGACUUCACACUCGAAGCAAACAAGGACAAACCAAGGCUCGCGUGCUCUAUAACACAAUGAAACCAAG